UCAUCGAUGAGUCAAGGUUCCGUCGCGACGUCGGAAAAGGACACGGAGUUUCUGGGCCUUUUUCGUUCGCGCUCGAACGCGAAACUGGGACGAUCUAUCGUCGAAUGAAAAAAGUUCUGUUCCGCGAACAAAGUUCCAACGGACACAAAGUGCUAUCUCGAGCCCUUGAACGCCAACUUUUCGCGGCACGGACAGAGGGAGAGAGAAAAACGCGAGAACCUGGACUCCUCGUUAACGGUACACGCUUACGAUUCUCUGUGAUCAUUCGUUCUCUAUAGGCAAUAAUUCACACCGAGCUCAAUUUAUCGAGAAAACGUUUGUAUAGUUUUUACGAUCCCAAAUCCCUCGGAUCGAUGUCGCGACAGUCGACGGAAGAGUUCAGGAAUCUUCGAGAAUGUCGAUUCGAACUACUGUGGAGAACCAAGAAGUGUAAUCCGUUUAAAAGGGUCUCCAGGUGAGCGACGACUACAGAAGCCACGCGUGGCGAACACGAGCAUCCAGCGAAAUUCUUGUCGAGCAACGAUAAUCCCUCGCGACUAUUCGCGGUAUUUUCACGGGUACGGGGAAACUCGGUUACGGGGAACUAAUCGUCGUCGGCGAGAUUGAAUCAAACGAGAGCACGAUACCACUCCGGAGACGACGACCAAGGCGAGAGAGAACCUGGACGAUCGAAACUGAAACGAAGUUGGGGAAGAGGAGGCGCGCAGGGAAGGAAGUUUAGAGACGUUUCGUUCUCAGUGACGACAGGAAAGAACUUUGAGAACGAGAUAACGCCUGGGAGGAAGAACAACAGCGUCGUUAGCCGUGGUUGCAGAUUCGAGACGACCAUGGACAGAAGAGAGGUUCGUCUGGCCGUUCGACAGGUGAACGGUCGCUGGUCGAGCAGAAACGGCAAGACAGCUUCGGGAUGCUGCACGCUGUUAUGCUAGGUAGCGGUCCAGGCCGAGGGAGACACGAAUGGUAUCCGGGAUUUUACUUGCAACGUCGACGACUUGGAUGCAGGAUGAAUCGCGGGGAACAGGAGACCCUGUUUAGGCAAAGUCGCCAGCUUACGAGGAUCGUACCCUCCCACGAGGACCUUGUGCUGAGCGUCCUUAAAUCGCCGAUCAGCCAGCAUCAGCAUCAUCAUCAGCCCCGCCAGCAGUACCACCACUCGCAUCACUCUCACGAGCAUCAUGUUAACUGCCAAGGUCAUCAGAAUCAUAAGAAGUGCACGCAUUCAGGUGAGAGUCUUCCACGAAGCAAGGACCAAUGCUCUAGGCUCACGGAAAAGCGGUCGAGCGCCGCGGCCGCCUACGCUGCUCUCCAGGGCAGCGAAGACGAGCUCGUCGCCGAGCACUGCCUCGAGUCGGAGGACACGGCCCUGAAGACGCCAGGCAGCGAGACAGAGGACACGGAGGACAACGGCGCCCAAAUGGAGGAGCCUCCGUCCCCUAGUCGUCGUUUCACCUUUCUCAGGCGGUUUCGUUCGCCGCGGUUCGGCGAGGCGCACCACAAAAGGGUGCCCACACCGAUGAAGAGGAAGUAUCGCCGGAAGAAGAGCAAGGACGACAUCAUCGACAGCGACAUAAACGCCGCGGAAGUAGAGCCCGCUAGCCUGAACCAAGCUGGCGUACCCGAUCCCUAUUACCCGAUCUACCUACCCAUCGACCAGGCCUUCAAAGCUAAGUACGUGUUCCAUCAUAAAAAGGGGAAGACGUUUCAGGAGAGGUUGUACGUGUUCCUCGAACAUCCCGGCGGCUGGAUCUGCUUCGUCUAUCAUUUCACUGUGUUCAUGGUGGUAGUGGUGUGCCUCAUAUUUAGUGUUCUGUCAACCAUAGACCAGUACAGUAACUUCGCGAACGAGACCCUGUUCUGGAUGGAAAUAUGUUUGGUGGUAUUCUUCGGCGUGGAAUACAUGGUGAGGCUAUGGAGCGCAGGCUGCAGAUCGAAGUAUAUGGGUUGCUGCGGCAGGCUGCGAUUCAUACGAAAACCGAUUUGUAUCAUAGAUUUAAUCGUGGUGGUGGCGUCUAUGGUGGUUUUGUCGGUUGGAAGCAACGGUCAGGUGUUCGCCACUUCCGCCAUAAGGGGCAUCCGGUUUCUGCAAAUAUUGCGAAUGCUCCACGUCGAUCGACAAGGCGGCACGUGGCGACUUCUCGGUUCCGUCGUUUUCAUUCACCGUCAGGAGCUGAUCACGACGUUGUACAUCGGGUUCCUAGGUCUUAUUUUCAGCAGUUACUUCGUGUACCUUGCCGAAAAAGAUGCUGUCGGGCCCGAUGGAAAAACAGACUUUUCCAACUACGCCGACGCACUGUGGUGGGGGGUGAUUACCGUUACCACAAUCGGCUACGGUGACACUGUUCCACAAACGUGGAUGGGAAAAAUAGUCGCUUCGUGUUUCAGCGUAUUCGCCAUAUCCUUUUUCGCACUUCCAGCCGGCAUAUUGGGUUCCGGUUUCGCGCUGAAGGUCCAGCAGAAGCAACGACAGAAGCACUUCAAUCGGCAGAUACCGGCUGCCGCGAUGUUGAUACAAUGUCUAUGGAGAUGUUACGCCGCCGACAAAGCCAUCAACAGCGUGGCGACCUGGAACAUCUAUAUAAAGGACCCAGCCCCCGCCGGACAACCCUCCACGCCAUUGGGAAAGUUGAUUUGUGUAAAGAAGAUGUCUCUGAUGAUCCAGGUGGCAAAGAAGGCGAGCGUACUGAAGAGGCGGAAGUCGCGGAACCGGAUGGACGUGCAGCAGCAGCAGCAACAGUCGUUGCCGCCGGUCACGAUAUCCGGCGGCGUUUCCAGCGGGGCCGCCGGUGACUCCGGGGGCCAGAACGACAAUCAACGGAUGGAGAACGAGGGUGACGUUAUCUUCUACAUAGAGGAGCCGAAGGCAGGCACGCCGAACCGUGCCAGGCGCGACAACCGGGGAAGCCUCUUCACCUCGCAGACAAGCUCCGUCACGGAGGCCACCAGCGACGAAAUUGACAUUGAUAUCGAAGAACCUCAAAGGGUCACCACGUUAACCGAAGCACAUCGAAACGCCAUAAGGGCGAUCAGAAAGAUCAAAUACUUCGUGGCGAGGAGGAAAUUUCAACAGGCCCGUAAACCUUACGACGUUCGCGAUGUCAUCGAACAGUACAGCCAGGGCCACCUGAAUAUGAUGGUCCGAAUCAAGGAGUUACAGAGGAGAUUGGAUCAGACCCUGGGCAAACCAGGCAGCUAUUUGGCAGGAAUCGACCGGGCAGGCAACGUGAAGCCGAUGACGAUAGGCGCACGCUUAUACAGGGUCGAGCAGCAGUUGUCCGUGAUGGACAAGAAAUUGGACCAGCUGGUCUACGUGCUGAACGCGGUAGCACAAAAGCAACAAAUACCCCUGAGGAGUAUAGAGGACGACGUGUAACAAGAAGCCCCCGGCGAGCUAGUGCCAUCUGUUUCGCGAUCAUCGGCAAUCCCGUGGACUUUACCCCGCGUCACCAUAACCAGCAUCGCUCCGAACAUGCUCAGCAAAAGCGGCUGACAGUUACGAGUCGGUCUUCUCGGGCAGACACGAAACCAGAAUGCUCCAUUCGAGAGACGAAAUUACGAUGCGAGGUGAAAAGAUGACUCAAAGGAAACUUGGACGACCAAACGAUGCCCUUCGAAGCAAGACAGAGACAAACGAGGCGUUGAAAAUUGAUGAUAGGAUCGAUGGGGGUGUGAAUUAAAAUCAGAGAUUGGCUAUGAUUGGGGUUAAAGGUGAAAAGAGGACUCAAAGGAAACUUGGACGACCGGAGAAUUCCCUUCGAAGCAAGACAGAGAUGAACUAAGUGUUCAAAAUUGAUAAUAUAAUUGAUGGGAGUGUGAAUUAAAAUCAGAGAUUGGCUAUGAUUGGGUUUAAAGUUGGAAAAAUGGCUCAAAGGAAACUUGGAUGAUCAGACGAUUCUCUUCGAAGCAAGAUAAAGAUGGACGAAGCGUUGAAAAUUGAUGAUAAAAUCGAUGGGGGUGUGAAUUAACAUCUGAGACUGGCUAUGAUUGGGUUUAAAGGUGGAAAGUUGACUCAAAGGAAACUUGGACGAUCAGACGAUUCUCUUCGAAGCAAGAUAAAGAUGGACGAAGCAUUGAAAAUUGAUGAUAAAAUCGAUGUGGGUGUAAAGUAAAAUCAGAGUGUACGAUUGAUUUUAAAGGUGGAAAGAUGACUCAAAACGAUUCCCUUCGAAGCAAAAUAAAGAUGAACAUAGCGUUGAAAAUUGAUAAUAGAACCAAUCAGAGUGUACCAUUGAUUUUAAAGUUGGAAGGAUGAUUCAAAGGAAACUUGGACGAUCAGAUGAUUCUCUUCGAAGCAAGAUAAAGAUGGACGAAGCAUUGAAAAUUGAUGAUAAAAUCCAUGAGGGUGUAAAGUAAAAUCAGAAUGUACGAUUGGUUUUAAAGGUGGAAAGAUGACUCAAAACGAUUCCCUUCUAAGCAAGAUAAAGAUGAACGAAGUGUUCAAAAUUGAUAAUAAAACCGAGAAUGGUUGACGAUUGAUAAUAGGAUCGAUGAAGGUGUAAAGUAAAAUCAGAGUGUACGAUUGGUUUUAAAGGUGGAAAGAUGACUCAAAACGAUUCCCUUCGAAGCAAAAUAAAGAUGAACAUAGCGUUGAAAAUUGAUAAUAGAACCAAUCAGAGUGUACCAUUGAUUUUAAAGUUGGAAGGAUGAUUCAAAGAAAAUUUGAAUGACAACAUGAUUCUCUUAGAAGCAAGAUAAAGAUGAACGAAGCUUUGAAAAUUGAUGAUAAAAUCCAUGAGGGUGUAAAGUAAAAUCAGAGUGUACGAUUGGUUUUAAAGGUGGAAAGAUGACUCAAAACGAUUCCCUUCUAAGCAAGAUAAAGAUGAACGAAGUGUUCAAAAUUGAUAAUAAAACCGAGAAUGGUUGACGAUUGAUAAUAGGAUCGAUGAAGGUGUAAAGUAAAAUCAGAGUGUACGAUUGGUUUUAAAGGUGGAAAGAUGACUCAAAACGAUUCCCUUCGAAGCAAGAUAAAGAUGAACUUAGCAUUGAAAACUAACAAUAGAACCAAUGGCAAUGUAAAGUAAGAUCGCAGAGUGAAGUUGGGUUUAAAGGGGGAAAGAUUCCGAAGAAAGAAUAAAGAAAUCCGAAAUCUGAAAAUAGAAGAAUACGAGCUGAACGAAUACGAAAGAGAAUUGAGUAAUUCGGUGGGUUUAAAUUCAGCUUGGAAGCUAAAACUGCAACCUGGAUACGUAAAUUUAGAAGACCGGACGGAUAUGGAUAAAUGAAGUACCGGAAGCAAAACAGAAAGGAAGAAAACGAAGGAUCGAGGAUACGAGAAUAGCCGACAUAUCGAUUUGGCGAUUAGUUUAAAUUAUUUAAUUCGUUUCGACGGUUGUGCAAGAAUAUGGGAACAGGGGAUGAGACGAAGAAUCGACGAACGUGGAAACGGAAGGGAAUUAGAAAGAUUGGAUAGUUCGAGUUUUAUAUGAUCAUAUUUCAAUUUCCCAAUAUCCGCCGGUAUUGAUCGUCGGCCGGGGUUGAUUAAAAUUGUGUAAUGAUGACGCAAGUACAGGAAAAUGAAAGGAAACGCGCUGAGAGGGACUCGAUUCGAUCCAUUCGGUGGAAUUGUUUCGUUUGAUUUUGAAAACUGAAUGCAUGGAUUCGGGAAAACGACACGCAAAGAAAUUGAACGACGUGCCGAUUAAUUUAUCUCGAUCCAGAUACGGAAAUUGCUAACGAGUAUAACCUACGUCUGUUUUGAUAUUAAUAACGGCGAUUUUAAUAUAUAGAUUAAAACGAAGGAACUUUCGAGCUUGCAUAUAAUUUCAUUAGGAUCUGGGCUAACGUUGGGAGAUUAACGAUGCCCGCGGAGACGUUGAAUUCUUAACAGAAAUGAAAAUUCUAUGAGAAGAUACAUUAAUUGUUCAGCACCCUGAAGCGCCAUUGAUAUAACUUUUCCACCCCAGAAGAUUAUAACGUGAAAUUCGAGGCUUUAUCAGCUCAUAAAUAAAAUAAACUGGAUCGCAUAAAAAUUCUCAAAAACCGAAAUUUGAAAUUCCUAAACAUAAAUCAAGCGUCGAAGAAGGCUUAAAGUCAAAGUGUAUGCAAAAAAGGUGACGAUAAAAAAUUCUCUCUUGACUACCUCGUUAAGAAGAUUAUAAAAUGAAAUUCGAGAUUUCAUAGAUAAACGAAACUGGAUCCCAUGAAAGUUCUCAACAAUCAAAAUUUAAAAUUCCUAAACGUAAUUGAACCGUCGAAGAAAGUUUAGGGGCAAAGUAAGUGAAUAAAAAUUGAAAUAGCGAGUCCACGGAUAGAAUCAUUCAACGAGAAAGGUGAUAAUAAAACAUUCUCUGUUGGCUACGGCGUUUCCUUUGACAUUGUUUACCUCGUCGGAGGAAGUUCGGAGGUCAAAGGUUCUCUAAGAGAAUUCUACAGCGAUUCGAGCAAAGGUCGAAGGUUGUUUCGAGUCCACGGGAGAAUGCAUCGUCGUUUGGAUACUUCCGCAGCCGUAGGAUCGGUGGUCCUCGAGGAACCAUUCGCAAAACGAUCACGCUAAACGCACAGGAACGAUUUUUCUCUUGGGACGAAAAUAGGAGGCGACGCACGCGAAGCGGCAGCAUCGAGUUUUGUGAAAAGUAAAACGUAUUCCCCGGCAUCCCAGCGACUCGACGACGCUUGAUCGUCGAUCCUGGAUCUCAAAGGCGAAUCGAGGGAUUCGCUGAAAACGUACGCGGUUUACGUAGAAAACGUUAGGGGGUUUUUUGGUAGUUUCGUAACGAGAACUAAUCGAGGCUGUCUCCGUGUAACGAUGAAAGAACGGAUGCAAACGUAUUGGGAACAUCAAUCGGGCCAACUAGGAGUAAUAGAGAGGAACAAUAAGCAAGUAAUGAAGAAAAAAAAAAAUAAUAACUUCCUAGACGAUAUAUCUCUAAAUAGGCUUACCGUAACGUAACUUCUAGUCUUUGCUGGUAAUAACGAUCAAUUAUUAAGCCUUAAUUAAUAAUCACGGACUUUAAGAUCGAGCGUGUGUAAUCGAUGGGUCGCGCGUUGUACAAAAGCGGUGUCGAGUUACUCUUACUUACCUAUACUCGUACUUUGAUCGAUUUUUUCAAUUUCUAGCACAAACGCGGAACUUGCCGAGCAAAGAGAAAAACAAAAAAAAGUAAAAAGAAAAGAAAACAAAAGUAUGCUUAAAUAAAAAAAAAUAUCCUCGUACGGUUCUCCCCGGUUUUUUACGGUCGCAUCUCCCCCUCUUCGCUGCGGACGCUCGUUCUCAUUCGCGCGCCGCGACAGAACCUCGCCGAAUUUAUCGGUCUUCGAUACGAGUGGCAGUUAACCUUUCAAACGUGGAGGAAAAAGGAACGAAUCGAAUAUUUUGUUCGAAUCGAACCUUCGAUUCUGCGUCGUUUGUCCUUUGAAAGUCAAUUCUUUGAAGUUUGCGCGCUUCGAGAUCGUCGUCGCUGAGCAUCUACUGUGCGUUCGCGAGAAGUUGACCACAGGGGGCGGGGGAAUGCUUGAAUUGCUCCGCCCAUCCCCACCCGCGUCGUCGUUUCGCACCAAUCAGACUCGCAUUCCUUUCACUCGACAACUUCUCGCGGCGUCAAUAGUACCAAACACCCCACGCUGAAGGGUUAACUCUUGGGCUGUACAGGGUGUUCGUUAAAUACACGGUCAAGUCUCUACAGCUGGUUGAAGCACGAUCAAUGUUUCUGGUAAUCUGUAUACCUAGCAUCGUUUCCACCAUUUGAUUUGGACAAGAAUCGACCGUUCUUUAAUCGAAUACCUUAUUUGCAGAACAGAGAAUAGCAAAAUGUAUCUGUGAAGAAGGAAAGUACAAAUUGAGCAUCUUACAGUAGACGUUGGUUUUU